AUGAACCUGUUCGCUCUCCGAGACUUUGCGAAGGCGAAGAACCCAACGGCGUCGCUUCCCCCGAGCGUGCUGCUCCUGGAGACGCCGAAAUGUAUUGCAGUGUUCGACGCCUAUCCCAAGGCGAUGUACCACUUCCUCGUCCUGCCCAAGAUCCCUUUCGUCGUCACGGAGACAAAACAGCUCAAGGAAGCUGAUCUCGACAACUUGAGCGUACUGCUUCAGGACCCGGACCACGAGGAGGUUCUUGCAGCUCUGAGGGAGGCUGCUGCAGAGGUCGUGGACAUGGUGCGCGAUGAGAUGGUCAAGACGCAUGGCUUGGAGUGGCACGUGAAUACCGGCUUCCACUCCGUCCCAUCUAUGAGGCACUUGCAUUUGCAUGUGAUUUCCGAUGACCUGGUGUCCCCGAGCCUGAAGACGAAGAAGCACUACAACAGCUUCAACCCAAAGCUGGGAUUCUUUGUGCCUCUCGAUGAGACUGAUGACAAGCUCGUGAUUGUGAAGCGUGACAAGGAGGCCCUCUUGAAAUCUCCACUCGUCUGCCUACACUGCGACAAGGAGUUUGGAAACAUGCCCCAGCUUAAAGCCCAUCUCGCGGAAGAGUUCAAGCAGAAGCAAGCACGCCAGAUCAAGCGCAAUGAUGCAUUGGGUGUGCGCAUGAAGGAGGCCCCUCGUUUUGCUAAGCUUACUCGGCUCCUCCGUGCCGCGCACAUCCGCGAUAAGGUCAGGUUGGGCAAGCGCCAUGUCCGGUCGACCGGAUUAGUCAAAGGGCAUCAGGACAGUCGGGUUAGUGGCGUAUUCAGCGAAGUCUAUCUGCACCCUUAUCUUCUCAUGAGUUGUGACACCUCCGACAUCGAGCUCGGGAUCAAUGACCGUGCCGCCGUUGUGCCCACCUCGCAUAUUCCUACCUCCCCCGAUGGUCCCAUGAGGGAGUAUGCAGUGAAAGGCUCAUCAGCCGUUGGCCAGGCCUGCUGA